ACUGACCAAAUGGUGUUGAUAGACCUAAUCUUCACCUCAAUACAACGUUCAUUGAAACUUCGUUACUGAACUUUGAGAUUUUUUCCCAUACAUUUCUGUACAUUUCCAUUGUGAUGCACGGUUUUCAUUCAAUUUAUAUCGGAUCAUUUUUAUAUGUUUUAGCUAGAAAUAGUUAAAAGUAAUUCAAGCUAGCUUUAAGAGGUGAAAAAAAAUCUAAUUAUAUUUUAAGAAUAUAAAAAAAAUUGUUCCCCGUCAAUUUGAGUUGACAUGUUUUGAUUUAUUAAAUACAAUUGACUACUAGUUCACGUUGAUAAACUUAAUUUUAAAAGUGUAAACAAGCACGAAUUCAAACCAGCUGAACUCUACACCAUGAAGCUGAGCAUCCGAGUCCGUGGGGACUGGUUUGCCGUACCCUGCAAGGGCACGGAUACAAUCCGGUGGCUGGGGGAGGAGACGUUGAGAAGGUUCUACAAGCAGAGGGGUAGCCCCGGACCCAGCGCAGAGAAGGUAUACGAGGUCAGGAAGGCCAAGGGUGGGGCGCUGUUGGAUUUCGAUGAUUCGAUCAAAGAUGUCAUCGAUGAUAAUGAUUUCAUCACUGUGGUUCUGGAAAGCGACAUUUCCAGCCCAAUGUCCUUGCCUGCAGAGAUUGUCUACGUCGAGGAAAAAGUACCCAGCGAAGAUGUUGACCGGGGGGUCGAGAAGGAGUACAUCGCCUUGGACGGUGACAGCCUCUCUACCGACGACCUCAUCCGACUUGGGAAGGGAAUCUACAACAUCAAGCUAACGGCUGAAGCUGAGCAGAAAGUCUUAAAGUCACGUGCUCUCGUUGACGACAUCCUCAACAGCAACAAAGUGGUGUACGGCAUCACCACGGGAUUCGGCAAGUUCGCCAGGACUACCAUUGACAAGGACAAGCUAGUAGAACUACAAGAGAACUUGAUUAGAUCUCAUUCUGCAGGCGUGGGGUCAGCCCUACCCCCGGAGAGGACCAAGAUGCUCCUGGCCCUCAGGAUCAACGUCUUGGCAAAAGGCUACAGUGGCAUCUCACUGGAGACGCUCAAACAGCUGAUCGCUGCAUUCAAUGCUUCCUGCCUGCCGUGGAUCCCAGAGAAAGGAACGGUGGGCGCCAGUGGUGAUCUGGCGCCCCUAGCCCACAUGGCGCUGGGCAUGAUGGGGGAGGGCAAGAUGUGGAGCCCUAAAAGUGGAUGGGCCGAGGCCAAAUUUGUGCUGGAGUCCCACAAUCUGUCACCAAUCAAGCUCAAGCCUAAAGAGGGACUAGCGCUGAUCAACGGGACACAACUCAUCACUUCCCUUGGAUGCGAGGCGCUGGAAAGGGCGGAGGCCAUUACAAGACAAGCCGACGUUGUGGCAGCCUUUACAUUGGAGGUGUUGAAGGGAACCACACGGGCGUUUGAUAGCAAGGUCCACGACGUCCGCCCACAUAAAGGCCAGAUACUUGUUGCCAAUCGACUGAGGGCGCUGCUUCACUCGGAGACGUACCCCAGUGAGGUCUCAGAGAGCCACAGAUUCUGUAACCGUGUCCAAGACGCCUACACGCUUCGCUGCUGUCCACAGGUGCACGGGAUUGUUAACGACACGUUACAGUUUGUCCGGAGUGUGCUGUCCACAGAGGUCAAUAGUGCCACGGACAACCCUAUGGUGUUUGCGGAAUUAGGUGAGAUCGUGUCAGCUGGAAACUUCCAUGGCGAGUACCCGGCAAAGGCGUUGGAUUAUCUGGCUAUUGGAGUUCACGAGUUGGCUAGCAUGAGUGAGAGGCGAAUUGAACGACUCGUCAACCCAGCGCUGAGCGAGUUACCGGCCUUUCUGACGAAUGAUGGUGGGCUCAACUCUGGGUUCAUGAUAGCACAUUGUACAGCUGCUGCUUUAGUCUCAGAGAACAAGGUCCUGUGCCACCCAGCCUCCGUGGACUCUCUGACCACCAGUGCUGGCACGGAGGAUCACGUGUCUAUGGGAGGGUUCGCUGCCAGAAAGGCCUUGAGAGUUGUGGAGCACGUGGAACAAGUUCUAGGCAUUGAGCUACUGGCCGCCUGUCAAGCCAUGGAGUUCCUGAGACCUCUGAAGACGACGGCACCAUUGGAGGAGGUCUACAAGCUGGUCAGGGAGGUGGCCAGACCGUGGGUGAAAGAUAGAUUUAUGGCCCCUGACAUUGAUGCUGUGACUAAGCUGCUUCAAGAGGAGAAGAUUUGGUAUAAAGUCAAGCCAAUGAUAGACCAUUAUUACUCGCAUCAAUCAAUCGAGACUCGGGUGUUUUCGCCUACUUCCACGAUGCGUGAACCGACCAAUGGGCUUCCGCCGCCCAAACGACGCCGAAUGGGACGAACAACCUCGGGUUCCAGUUUAAAGUAGAAAACAACAAGGUGCGCCAGAUGGUACAGAUAUGGGACACCAGAGGUUUAGCUGCGGCCCUUCGCGGAGCCUGGGAGCUUAC